UUGAAGCUGUCGCAACAGUUUUCUUGGCUUUUUCAUAGAUUGUAAAACUGAAACAGUAGUUACAACGCACUGCCUGUCAUCUAGCCUAUCUGGAAUUCAACCACUGUUUUCAAUAAUGUGUGUGUUAUAGACCAGCUCCAAGAUUAUUCAUUCAAUGCGCCCAGAAUAAUUAAUACUAAAGGCGACUCAAUACAUACAACUAUUUUUCUUUAUGGAAGGUGCCUUAUGCAGUUAAGUUACAGGUAGACAAUUAAUCAGCUCACCCCGAUUGCAGCUCUCUCUCUCACACACACACACACACACACUUAUCUAUGCAGCUCUUUUCCUGGGAGUACAGUCAUCACUAGAGAACCUCAGUACAUUGAUCCUGCACUAGUCUCCGGAAUGGUGGUGUCCCCACCCAGGCCACUAAAGCCUUCAGUUGAUGGUGUGCCUGUUAAAGAUAAGAGUAUAGAUGAGAGGGCAGGUCCCUCGCAUGCCCAGCCUCCUCUUCACAGCCAGCUAAACAUGACGGCCAUCAGAGAGCAGACAGUGUCACGUCUCCAAGCCCAGAAGAACAAACAUGUAAAAGAUUUGUCACUGAAAAAGGAUCAACUUCAGAAGCUCCUCCAGAAGUUGGACAGCCCAGGUAGCCAUGAGUGUGGAUCAAAGUGGCACAACGCAGAGGUUCUCGGUGAGUUAAGUAUGGUGACAUCGUCUCCUGAAGACAUAAAGAGAGAGAGGACACAUGAGAGGAGUUUCUGCACCAUGAAGAAUAAUGUGUCAUCACCUAAAGAGGAAAGUGAAGACUGUUUGAAACAAACUCAGAAAAGAUCACAUCUGGCAGUUAAGCUCUUCAGCCGAACAUUUUUCCAAACCCUCAGUUUCCCACUCAGUCUGGCCUCUGUUGUUGUCAUUGAGCUUGUGACCUUUAUUACUGGCAUAGUGAAGGUCUUGAUCAUGGGACUGGUGGAGGUGGUGGGAGAAGAUGUCAUAACUCCUCUCUUUGGUGCCAUGUUCAAUAUCAUCUGUGAGCCAGUGAUCAGAUUUCUUCGUAGCAUAUCGAUGGGGAUCAGAGAUGUACUUCGCCCACUUCUGGCUCUUGUGAUGGAAUUUGUUCAGCACAUAGCGCUGAUCAUUCAAGCUUUCAGACUCGUGGAAAUCAACAGGUUUGAUUUACCACAGCAAUCAAUGGAUCUUUGA